AUGUUUUUAGACGAACGGCAACGUUUAGCACAGUUUUCUCCACUGCCUCCGAGCAUCAUGUCUUCUCAAGGUUUGUCUUUCCUUCCAACGAUGUCUCAUUCGACUCCGGUGAAUAUAUUACAAAGACCACAAGCAAUGUUACCAGGACAUUUAUCUCCCUUGAAUUACAGCAAGUUAUCUCCAGUUGGUACAAGCAGUGGUCAAUCUGAUCGACCGUAUCAACCACUGUCUUUGUCAACUACAAGUCCAGACUCUGCAUUCAGUCCUGUAAACAGAUCCAGAGAUUCGUCUAUGAACUUAUCACCAUUGAGCCACAGUUAUUCACCCUUGAAUCAGUCCGCAGUGACGCCACCUACUGGGUAUUUGGGUCGUUUACGAUCGCAUCCAAUGUUUCAAGACCUACAGCGGUUUCUUGCACAAGAAUGUAAUCAUUUACAGGUGCCAGCAAGUCUUAUCACUAGUAACUGGAACUUAGACCAUCUUCAGUCAGCUACAUCACCAAGCUCUGUAGAAACAUCCCGAGAUCAUGCCACUUCUUCAAGUCAACAAGUUUAUGCCCUUCACAUGCAACUUCAAGACCGAUUCCUUCGUCUCCAUGGUGAUAAUGAUCUUCACGAAACCAGUAGAAAGAUGGAAAGUCUUUACUGUUCAGAAGUUGGACGUAUUGAGAUGCAGCGCUAUCAAUCACUGUGCACCAGCUACACAGAGUCAAGUAAAUAUGCUGUUAACAUCCAUUACAACAAAGAGAGGAUAGCUCUUGUCGAAAAAUUACAAAAAGAAGUAGACAUUAUAACCAAGUUACCACCUACCACUUCAACACCAAUUACCAGUCUUCGCCAAUCAGGCUUUGCAUCAAGAGAUGCAUCUUCAUCUACCAACAGCACCUUCAACGAAAUCAACUCUGCUCCAAGACCAGCUGAUGCUCAGUCACAUUCUAGUUCAGCAUCUUUAUCUGAAGGCUUCCCAUCUACCUCUACCAGUUCCAUGAGCAUUUCCUCAAGUUCUUCUGCAUCUUCCAACAGUUCCAUAAAUAGUGCUACAUCUUCCAUCAGCUCCUUAAACAGUGCUUCUGCUUCCAUCAUUACCAGUCCAGAAACCAAUUCAUCCAAAGAAUCAAUUGAGGAGACUCCUGUUACCAGAUCCAGAACAGGUCGUCUACUGAGUCCUGAGACCAUCAGAAUGCUAAGCAACUGGUACGACGCACACAUGACCUACCCAUACCCAAAUGAUGAAGAUGUCGAAGAACUUGCUACUAGAGGGGGCAUUACCCACGGUCAGGUUAGAAAAUGGUUAGCAAAUAAACGAGUUCGAUCAUUUAACACGCUGUCCAUCACUGGUAACGACCAUCCAAUCAAAUAUAAGUAUCGUGGCAAGAAAGGAGCAGACACGUCUACAGAAACACAUGCUUCUCGUCGCCCUCAGUACAAACUACUCAGUUCUGCAGCAAAGAAUAUCUUAAACGACUGGUAUGAAUGCCACAGUGAACAUCCAUAUCCAACGGACGAAGAAAAAGAAGAUUUAGCAGAGAAGGCAGGAGUAUCACCAGCUCAAGUAAAGUCAUGGUUUGCCAACAAGAGAAGUCGUACCAACAAUACCAAACGACAAGUGCCUAAUUAUUUCAUCAAGAAAUUUCCUGGAUACACACCAAUUGUUGAGAUGGUUAGCGAACAGAGAGCCGCACGUAAAACUACUGGAAAAACGAUUGAACGAGUUCGCAUGGAUCUCUAUCAACCUUGUAAUAUGGCUUAA